GUUUCGCUGCUCAAGGAACAAAAAAUCGAGCAGGAUCGUCAAAUAACACAGUUCAAAAAUGAUAUCGAUGCAUUGCAAUUAGAAGUACGAAAUCUCGAGGAAAUUCGAAAUUCCCUACCGAACAAGUGCUUUAAUGUGAUCAACUUGGAGCAAGAGGGACAGAAAUAA